CCUCUCACAUAGCUCCAGAGAUCCAGACCUAGGCAGCCAGACUUCUCUUUCUCCCACUCCGGACACAACCUUUGGUCAUGGGAAGGAUCGGAAAGGAGGUGUUGGGCCAGGUGCUCAGCUUCAUCGGCUUUGUGGGGGUGGCAGUGACCACGGGUAUCCCCAUGUGGAGGGUAACCACUUACAUCGGUGCCAACAUUGUAACAGGACAGAUUGUGUGGGACGGCCUGUGGAUGAACUGCGUGAUGCAGAGCACGGGACAGAUGCAGUGCAAGAUAAAUGACUCAAUGAUGAGGCUAGCAACAGACCUUCAGGCAGCGAGGGCCCUGGUCAUCAUCUCCAUCAUCUUCAACUUUGUCGGCCUGAUUGUCACCUUCAUCGGGGGCCAGUGCACCAGCACCCUGAAGUCUGAAUCCUCCAAGGGUAAAGUGACGAUCCUUGGAGGCAUCCUGCUGCUCAUUGGUGCUCUUCUGGUCCUCAUCCCCGUCUGCUGGUCGGCAGCGUUCACCAUCUCAGACUUUAAUAACCCUCUGACCAUCGAGACCCAGAGGAGGGAGAUAGGAGCCUCCAUCUACAUCGGCUGGGGCUCCACAGCGCUGCUCCUCAUCGGGGGGAUCAUCCUCUGCACCUCAUGCCCGCCCCAGAAGAUGUAUGGGUACCCAGGCUAUCCUCAAGGAGCGCCCAUGUACCCCUAUCCAGGCCAACCAAUGGACCUGCAGGCUGCCAGAGCUCUGAGCGUCAUCGCCAUCAUCGCAUCAUGCUUCGGCAUCCUCUUGGGAAUUUCUGGAGGAAAGUGCACCAACUUUGUAGAGGAUGAGGCUUCCAAAGCUAAAGUAGCCAUUGCCAGCGGGAUCAUCUUCAUCGUGGCUGGCGUCCUCAUCCUCGUCCCUGUCUGCUGGUCAGCCAACACCAUCAUCAGGGAUUUUUACAACCCUCUGCUGGUCGAGGCCCAGAGGAGGGAGCUGGGGGCCUCACUGUACAUCGGCUGGGGCACAGCAGGGCUCCUGAUUCUGGGAGGGGGGCUCCUCUGCAGCUCCUGCCCACCCAAGGAGGAGCGUGACGACUACCCAGUGAAGUACUCACAGGCAAGGUCCACAGCUACCAGCAGAGCUUACGUUUGAGCUGGAAACUGUUGAAAGAAAGACUGUAAAUUAUUUGAUUAUCUUUGGUAAUCUUCUGUGAAUUGAAAAUAUCAUGCAAGUUACUGGUAUUAUCCAGUCUUGUUCUUUUCCAUUUUCCAUUUUGAAAGUGAUGUGAAAUCAGAACAGAGUGAAUAUGUGAAAACAAAUUAACUGAGCUCUUCAGAAUUUUGCAAGAAAAAGACAAGACAGAACUGUUGCCUAUAAGAAAUGACGUUACAGAGAAGUAGUACUACUCUAUACGCAGUGUCGAGGGAUCAUCUCAUGGGUCAUGGGGUGAUGACUGAAGUGAAUUGAAGCCAUUCCCAUAACCCUAACUUCUCUUUUACCGUAUAAGGACACUGUGCCAGAAUGAUAGUAUUGAUGUAAGAACAUGGACUAUAUCUACAUUAUAUAUGUAUAAUCGACUUGUCAUAACUUUGUACAGUAGAUCACAGUAUGUUUUGCAAAGAGCCAAUAUAUGUUGAUUGAUUAUGUCUAAAGAACUUAAUCAAUUGCAAACCUUCUUUUUUUUGUGUAUAAAACAUUUCCAACAAAGUACUCCCUGACGAAGGUCAUGCAGCCGAAACGCGUCGGUUUAAAAAAAAACUUUGUUUCUAUUGACCAUGCCAUACUAAUAAAGGCAUUUUAAUUAAUUAUA